AUGGCCCUCCGCAAUGUGUGUUCGGUAUCCUUUUUUGCAUCUGCCUUGAUGGCACUGUACAUUGGACUGGCAGGAUACAACAUGUACCUAAUGAUGUAUCCCCUCGCCACGGUGGAUUUGUCGGUGUAUUCCGAGCAGCAAAUGGUCCAUCCUCUGUGGGAUCACGGCACUACCAUGGAUAUGCGAGUGUACCUGUCAACUCGAUCCAAAUUCCAUGUCAAUUUUCUACAAGCGGAUUUUUUGGAUGAUCAGGGUCAACUGGUGGCCAACGCCGCUUCGGAAGAACAAUUAAAGAAUUUGGUGCCACCCAACGAUGUGGCACUGUUGUGGCAACAAAAAUUGACGGCUCCAUCUCUCUCCAAAUCCUUUUUGAUUACGUCUCUCGACCAAACGGACGACCAAUCCUGUCAAGCCGAUCCUUCCUUUUUGGCAGCACAAACGUGGCUCGAUCAGGCCGAAAAAUCCGCAUGGGAUCGAGGCGAAGGCGGAGUGCUUUCGGCCAUUCAUGCUUCGGGUCAAGGCAUUGAAUCGACCAGCUUUUUAUUGACGCUGUAUUAUGCCAUGUCCCGACAAGUACAAUCCUUCUUGGCAUUCCUGGGCAUGGCCGAACCGCCUCCAUUACCGGAAGAAAACAAUGCUGCCUUGCAAGAACUAAAGGCCGAUCGAACCAUCAUUUCCUUGCCAGCGCCGCUCUGGAACGCCCUAAGAUCCAACUCCACCAUUCAACUACACGUCAUGGUCAUGCGACAAUACAAAUCCAGUGCGUGGGAACAACUCUGGCCACCCAAGAAUAUCCCCGAUGCCACCAAUGCCGCCCACAAGGCGUCUCGGGCACAUGCACUCUUAUUGGGAGGAGUCAAUAUGGUCAAAUUCGAAGAACCACAUCACAUUCACAAACCCACACGCAUACUCUAUCAUGACGUGUUUUAUCUCUUUCGACGAUACAUACUACAAAGAACAGACGAACAACCACCCUGGGAUUUUGCCUAUUCCAAACCCAACGAGCAUGCCAUUUAUCAAUCCUACUUGGAUAUGAAACAACGCGGUGCGGGAUAUCCGUACUGGAAACCAGAAGUUUCCAUCAAAUACGUCAAGGACGAAGAAUCCUAUCCCCUGCCCGUCUUGGACUAUUCCGGUAUGAAGGUGGCACGAUUGCCACGCCCGACACAAGACCAUCCAACUGGUGUGGUGCAUUUGCCGGCAUUGUAUUCGUCCGAAAUUGGAUUGACCAGUGACAAGUUUAUUCCCAUGAAUGAAACUGUGACGUCCUUGCCGCUGCGCGUGUCGUUUGAUCGCAGUGAUGUCGAUAGUCAUGGUGACGACAAAAACAACAAGAAUGUGCAAUCCAAAAUUACCACCGCCACGGCUGGGGCCAUUAGUCCAGCCCGAUGGAGGCUCUUGUCGCACUUGACGGAAGCAUUGGAAGCACAAAAGAAUCUGGGGUUUGAGGCCAGUGAUAUCGAUGAGGUCAAGAAUCUCAUUGCCGAUACCAACAUUACACUAUUGGCAAUCACAAUGUUGGCAAGUGCACUCCACUUGCUUUUUGAGUUUCUUACAUUCCGAGAAGAAGUCAACUUUUGGCGCAGAAACAAGAGUUUGCAAGGGCUAUCCAUUAGAGCUCUUUUCAUUGAUGCAAUCGGACAAACGGUUAUUCUUCUCUACUUGAUUGACCGCGAGAGUUCCUUGCUCAUGGUCGGUCCCAGUGCCAUUGGGUGUCUCAUUGCAUUCUGGAAAUGCCAACGUGGAGCCGGGUUGAUCUUUGUCAAGACAAACGACAAUAAUCACAGUACUGCAUGGUGGAACUCUAUCGUUCGACUGUCCGGAUACGAGCUUCGGGCCACUCGAAUGGAGACUAGCAGUAACAAGGAGGGUGAAUCGAACGAUGAGGGCGAGGGCAACCAAGACUUGAUUGCAGUGACAUUGGAAGCAGAUCGAAUGGCAAUACGUUCACUUGGGGUGGUCAUGGCUCCCGUGGUGCUUGGUUAUAUUUUCUACUCGUUCGUGUACGAUGAACACAUAGGGUGGUAUUCAUGGUUGGUGACUUCUGCCUCUUCGGCAGUCUAUGGAGUUGGGUUUGCGUUGAUGUUCCCUCAGCUGUUCUUGAACUACAAGCUGAAGAGUGUUGCACAUCUGCCUUGGCAAGUUCUCAUCUACAAGAGUCUGAAUACAUUUAUUGACGAUUUGUUCAGUUUCAUUGUCCGAAUGCCCACGAUGGCAAGAAUAAGCUGCUUCCGAGAUGACGUUGUGUUCUUCAUUUAUCUGUACCAACGGUGGCUGUACCCUGUGGAUCUCUCCCGACCAGCCGAAGGAGGUGGUGAGGCCGUCGCAGAAAACACUACUAGCACCAAUGGAAAGCUUUCAGACACCAAGAAGAAGCAAUAAUUGGAACUGGGGGGGGGGGGGCUACUACAAUCGAUUGGCUAUCUCUUGCAAAGAACCCACACACCCCUUACAGAGCAAGUGGUACCAGUAUGGUUGCUUCUACUAGCUAGGGAUAUGCUUGGCAUCGACCUUGUUUCGAUUGGAAACAGGACCGCUCGGCUUGGGGCAUAGGAAGUACCGCUGCUGCUCUGCCCAAGUCAGUCUGCACUUCUGAGGCAACCUCUACGAUUAAGGUAGAACCGACACCCUGUCUGCUCUGAUAGUCAACUCCUUCCACUCACAAUGUCAGAAUCUUGAAGGUUAUACUAGAGUUGUGUUUAGUAGAUUCAAUUCCUCUACUCUUUAGAGCUGGUGAACAGCAAGCUUCUGGUGAAGCCCCAUUGCGUUGGGUUCUCCUCCAAAGUUCUGCGUGUUGUUUGUUUGCUGCUGCCUGCAGCUAGCUAGCUAGGUUCGUCUGGAGCUUGGUCGGAAGCACUCCGCACUCUCACUCCAUAGCAAUUGUCGUUUCCCUCGUCAGUGCCCUGUGUGCAGAUUUGCACUGUUGUAGACUUUUCGAGUUGUGAAAAGCAUAGAAACGCUCGUUAAUAUACAUGCCAUUGACAGAACAGCAACGACCGAGUGCGUCAUGCUGAAGCAGGCACUCCCGAUGCAAAUAACAUUCUCCG